ACCGGGAAAAUGUGACAACGAUGAGCACCAAGGUGAUAAAGGGGUGGGAGAAAUGUGAGCGUCAUCCCUCCCUCCGGCUUUUACCACGGUGUUGCUAUGGGCAACCAUCCGAGCGAGAGCAGGGGAGAAAGCUGGUGGGUGUGGGACAGAGUGGGCUACCCGGCAUGAGCAGAGAGGAGAGGACCUGCGUGUCCUGACUCAUUCACAUCAAAGCAGAGCUCCAGAAGACGACGCGACAGCCUGCCAGCAUCAGCAUCAGCAGCACAGAGGCCCGGCCACCCAAUCAUCCGCUGACGUGCUCCUGGGUUCAGCAACCAAUGAGCUGCCAGCACAACCACUCGGAUGCAGAGGCAGCAAUAGCCCGGCUCAGAUCACUUAAUAAUGAAUGGAGCAGUACGUAGGCUGGAUCUCUGCACAUCCCUGCUCCGUCUGCUCGGCUGAGCUCCACUGUGGCACAGGAAGGCAGGAGGAGGGAAGGGGACAACAACAACAACAACAACAACAACAACAAGGACAGCAGCAGCGCAAGAAGAGAUAAACAAUGCCCAUGAAGGGACAACAAAGACACACGGACCGCCAUGGCGAGGACUCAACCGAGGCCAAAGCAGCGGCCAUUAAAAACAAGGACCCACAUCCCGAGAUCCACCCGCCGGGUUCACCUGUCCCUCCUCCGCCCGUCCUGGCGCCGUCCACGUCGGCCUCCGCUCUCCCGGGGCUCGCCUCCCCGGCCACCCGGCGAUCCAUUUCUAUGGGAGACUUCCGCAGGGUGACGGGGGCUCUUCUCGCCGGUUCCGAGCCGCCAUCCACCGCCGCCACGGCCCCCUCCUCCAAGCUGGUGACCCCCAGCUCCAGCAUGGAGUUCGCGGCGGCGCGGCGACGCCUCCUGGAGGUCGAGGAGCGCCAGCGGGUCGUCCGAGAGAUGGAGCGGCGGCUGGAGGAGCUCCGGGAGGUGUUCGUGCGCUCGGAGCAGGAGGUGGUGGUUCACGGGGAGGUGGUGUCGCGGAUAUCCGGCGCGGCGCAGCAGGGGGAGGUGUACGUGGUCGAGAACGGCCAGCGGCUGAAGAAGGGCUUGAAGUUCAAGAAGCACCGACCCACCAUCGUCUUCUCCUCCAUGCUGGGACUCCGCACGUGCCUCCCCUGGCCCGUGAAGCUCAAAUAGGACAAUGUUGUCCCACCAUCGCUUUAUAAAUGUGCUUUUAAAUCGACGGGAGGACAGACCUCCAGACUUUAGCUAUCACUCACUGACAGGGCUGCUCUUGCAUCCUGAGGCUGGUCCUCCGGGUCUUAGAGUGCCUACAACUAUAAAACAUCCUCUUAAAAAGGAGCUUUUUUUGUUUAGCUUUCUUUCACACAGACUUUGCUGCUUGCAGUUUGGUGUGGUGUUAGACUUUCAUAGGAGAGAUUGUGUAUCGUUUUAGGUCCAAGGGGAUGUGAGAGGAAGGGUUGAAUUCGGCCAGUGAGGUAAACAGAGCUUGGUUUUAUGUUUAUUAACUUUAGGCAGCAAUGAAUGAAAAGCCACUCGUGAUUGUAUUACGUAAUGCGAGUGAGGUUUGAAGAGGGAAAGAGAUGACUGAAUGGAAGAAAACCCAAAUGAGAAUUGAAGGGCGGUGAAAGAGAAUCGCAGGUGGAGCUACGAUUGCUGCACUUUCCUUAAACCUAAGCAUGCAUUGUGUAGGUGGGAAAGGGGGAGAAUUCUCAAAUAUAGAAAGAAGAUAUGUAAUUAAUUGUGCUUUGGUUUGUGUGUGACCCAUCCUCCACUACCAUAAGCCUUGUUUUCGGCAGCAUAAUUUGCAAAACCCGAGAGAGCUGGUAAACAAGUUCAAGCUGGGACGAUUCCACCUGUGGCCUCUUUUUAUCCGGUCACCUAGCAACCGCUCAUCUCUCUGUUUUAAAUCUGAUCCCACCAACCGACAGAAUGUAUCCAGCAGAGCACCGUAACUACAAUACCAGACCGCAGUAGAGGUCUUAUCAAGGGUUUAGGCACUAAUAUUUCUGCUGCAUUUCUUUGGGAUACAUUAAAAGUGGCUUCAUAGUCAGAUAUUAUUGUUUAAAGCAGUUGUUUCAACCUAGUCAUUCAUUUGAUGAGAAGGGGUUGCCCUGAGAAUUGAGCCAUUGUAUGCAGGCGCCAGGGGAGUUAUGAUGGGCUAUCCCUUUCUGCUGAUUGUGUCAAUAUGAAUGCAAACAAGAAUGGCACUUUUGUCCAGUGCAGAACGACUCUCAUGAUAUUACCAUUUCUCUUUUGUGGUUUAGGGAAGUUAGACAAAAUAGGACUUUUCAGGUUUUGUUUGGUUGAUGUGGGAGAUCGUGCUGUUAUGUUCCGUCAAAUAUGCAGCAGUGGCGUUGCUCCGUAUGCAGGGAGUGACCUGAUUUCUUCUUAUAGAUCAUAUCUUUUUUUUUUUCCUGUCUCCUUGGAUUAGCAAUGAUUGUCCUUUUGUCAUGCUUUGGUUGUACAUGCGUGUGUGUGUUUGAGUAGAAAGAACAGCCAAUAUAACAGGAAUAUCUAUUUUUGGCAUUCAAUGGUUAUGGCAGAGAUGCAAGCAUUCAUUGAUUGAGUUGAACCACCAUUUUAGUUGUACUACUUGACCUGCUGUGAAAUGUCGUCUGAGGCGUCCUCAUGAGGAGACAAAACAUCCCCUGAUGUCAUGGAGACGUCAUCAGGGUUGUGUUAGCUCGGUUAUAGCAGAUUUUUAGCAGAGCACCUGCAUUACAAACUAAGCAUGAGGGAUUUGAAAUAAGUGGAUCAUUUAGAAUGCACUAAAGUAUAAUUGAAGAUGACUUGUGUAAUUCUAGAGUAAAUGUAGUGUCCAUAUUCUCUGGAUUGGACUUUUAUAACGUCCAUGUCACCGAAUCUCUGUUAUCAGCUUUCAUAUUUCUGAUAGCCACGAUGACCUUAUCAUUGAAUGUUACUCCACAUAGCCCCACAGGAAGUGCACAUCGACACCAAACUGAAUACGGUCAAGCCACUUGCUGGCAGAACGCUUGUGCAGCCUGAAGAGGUGCCGUAGGCCUCGGGCGUGUAUUGGCGGUCCAUGUGUAUAGCUAGAGUUACAACUGAAUAUACAGCUGGCCUAUAUAUUUCUUUUCAUAUGCCUUAUCCAGUGUUGGUGCACGGCAGUGAUGAUUUAGUGAUGGCACUGACUACGAAGGAAGGGCUAAACAGCUGAACUCAUGACCAUCAUAGCUCAUAAUUAUAUGGACAGAGGAAAAGUGUGACUGCACCUUUUUGUGUUUUUCUACAAAUAUAAAAGGCCGUUUCCCAAAGAUCUUUGAGGCCACUAGCAGAUUGAUUGUAACUGUGUUAUUUAAUUUCCAUUUAUUUAUAACACAUAUGUAAGCAUAAGUCCAAUGUUUGAACCUGUGGUUGGCAAAUAAUCCUCUUGUAUUCAUUUGUGGGGCCUUGUACUGAUAUCAAAAAUGUUUUUAACCAUUAAGCCCAAACAAACAACUGUUGGAGAACUAAAAAAACUACGACAAUAUAGACCUACAGCAACCGCAGCCCUUUAAUGACACAAGCUUGCCAAGCACAUGUCCAAUAACAGUUUAAUUAUUCCUUUUGACUUUUUUGAAAAUUAUUGUUUAUGUCUCAUGUAGGAUAUAUUUAUUCAUGUUGUGCAGAAAAUGUUCCUCAAAUUAGAUGUUUUGUACCUUAAUUAACACACUGCUGAUAUUUUUUUUAUUGAUCUCAAAUUGUUUAUUCUAUUUCAUGAAUGUUGCGACUGAAUGUUGCAACUGUUGAAUGCAUAACAUUAAUAGCAGGAGUCAAUUUGGUUUGCCACAGCUAUUUGCCAAGCAUAACGCCUUAAUUACGUUUGUGAGGGAUUUUUGUUUAUAAAUGGACUCAAAGGAAAGAAAAUCCACUUUUCCAAAUGUUAUUGAAAAUCCAGUGCAUUGGAAGUUAGUCAUUCACACAUCGUGAUGUUCUAACACUGCUUCUGUAAAUGCUUUCUGCUGCACCGUCUAAGAAUGAAUGUUCUAUAUUUGAUGUUAAUUCAGUUUCUUGACACUAAAAUGUAUUUCACCACAGAGCUACAAUGUACAAGACUAGCAAAUAUCAAACAAUACACUUAAUUUAGAGUAUUAUCAGGUUUCAUAAGAUACAUGCUGAAUCAUUAAAAUAAAUGAAGAAAGUGA